AAAUGUCCGAAGAGCUUCAGCAACACGUAAAUAAGAAACCAAAUCGAAAUUGGGUUCGGGCGGCUCUAGGUCUGCGUUACUUCAAACAAGGAUUUGAACACUUUAUAGACACACAGAUAAGAUGUCACCAUGCAAAUUUGUUUAAGCGUCUGCGCCUGGAAGGGAUUUUAUGUUUUCAAUGCGACCAAUGUACAUCUGAAAACCUUCUUCCUGACCACUCAAACCAGAAGAAAUGCAUUCAAAAGAAUCGUAGGCAUUGCUUUUGCAGUCAACCGAGUUUUAGACGACAGUGUCCGAACAAAAUAUGUAGUCUCUUGUAUGACUAUAUUGUCAAAGCACAUAGCACAAAUGAUCCUAUAUUGACAAACACUAAUCCGACCAACUGGUUAACAGACUACUGGGAGCUAGGGAAGUGCUUUCUGAGUUCACCUGGAUACGUGGACAAAAAGAGUGCUGCAGAAACGGAUGCCACAGGUUUACUAAGUAUUGCCAUAAACAAUACAUACAUUCAGGACAGAAUGGAUACAGAUAUUGAAUCUCUUGUUAAGGUAAGAGACAUAAGGAACUAUAUACAUCACUCUGCAUCUCUCGCACUUGAAGAUCAUGACGUUAUCAAAUAUAUCGAUGCAAUGAUUCAUGUUCUGCAGGAUAGAAAGGCUUUUGUAUCUGACACGGCUGCGCAAGAUGCAAUUUUACAUCUAAAUGAGCUCAAAAGCGUACAAUGCCACAUCAGCUUUGAAGAUGAAUUAGAAGUCCGGAAACAGACGUUAAAAGCUAUCGAGGAAAUGACACAAGAUGCUGUUUGCAGGAUUCGUUCAACUGAAGCAAAUGUCAUUGGAGGGCUGAACGAGUACAUGCAAGAGCAAAGGGACCAAAUAAAAAAGUUACUUCUAGAAAAAGCUAACUUGACAAAACAAAGUAGUUCGGUGAAACACUCAGCCGGCAAUGAAACAGAAUCUCAAGCAACCAAAGAAAAUUCAGAGAAGCAGUUAAAUAUGAGUUUAAAUGAAGAUAAACAAAGUACAGGGGAAAUGCCCACACCUGGGAUUGCAGCUAAUUCCAAACUCAUCUUAUAUGAAAGAAGAAUCAGUGACUACUCAAACGAUAAAAAACAAAUGCAAGCAGCUCUCAUUGAUGUAUACAAACAAUCAUACAUAAAAACAGACAUCACACCGCUUCUGCCGGAAGUACAAAUUGAUGUUGACCGGGUCUAUGCCACACCGCAGUUAUAUGUGGCAGACAGUAUUGACGACUAUAUGGACUUACAACAUGAGUAUUACAAUAUUUAUGGAGAUACAAAGAAAAAGAGAUUUAAGGUGUCAGAGUUUCUUACCAACAUAGUCAAAGGAAACAUUUUGAUAACAGCUGAUGCUGGUAUGGGAAAAACCGCACUAUGCCGUCAAAUGAUGUCUGCGUGGUGUACAGCGCAUGAAAACAGUUCUCAAUGUCCAAAUCCGACAAGGUCUGAUACUACAUCACUUUCAUAUCGUUCGGAAGAGCAAAGAACGAACAGCUGGUGCAGCUAUUUUUGUGAAAUAGACUUUCUGUUUUUCAUUUCACUAAAGUAUUGUGAUCAGGAGUCAACUAUUGAAGAGAUGAUUUUAAAACACCUGAUAAAAGGCAGAUACCGUGAUUCCCUGUACAGACUCCUCGAAUAUGAAAAAGACAAUUGCUUGGUUAUCCUAGAAGAUCUCAAUGAAUGGUCGCCACCAAGUGGAACUCGAGAAUCUCCAACAACAUCAAUGGGUCUUCCACUGAAACAAGUAAAUAGUAGAUAUGCAACCAUUUAUACCACACGGCCAUGGAAGCUAGCGACAAUUAGACCUAAAUCGGGAGAAUUUGACAUGAUUGUAGAACUUGAAGGCAUCGAUCCGGAAUCUUCUGACGAACACAUACGUUUGGUGUUCCAGUACAUAAAUAAAAUGACACACCGUCGUCGAUAUAUUGAGGACUUUUUAGUCUGUUUGGAAGACAGAACAAUAAAACAUCUGAAAACAUAUCCUUUAUUGUCAAAACUCUUACUUAGCCUUUGGUGCGAAAAAUCGACACUUAACACCUCGCUAGCAGAAAUCUAUAGUGCCGUCGUUGAUCUUCUGAUUAGCCAAGCAGAUAGGAAUGGCGUAUUAUCUCAUCUUAAUAUCUGUAACGAUAAAGCUCAACAAAUGUGUAAUAUGAUGACAGUGUUUGCAGAUAAAAGAUAUGUAAAAAAAUAUUUCGAUAGUGUAGUUUUACCACUAGCUAAGUUUUCGUUUCGAUUAUGUCAUCAUAAGAGCUACGUUUGCUACGUAUUUGAAACGACCGACCUUAGUGACUAUGGACUGACUGAAGACAAACUAAAACUUUUUUCUGCUAUUGGGAUUCUGUCAGAACGAACUUGUUAUGGAAAGAGUGUUUUGGAAAGAUGCAAAACGAUUUCUUUCAUUCAUCAAACCUUUCAGGAAUUUUUUACUGCCGUCUACUUGAGCAUACAUCCCACCAAAUUUAAAGAAGUGUGCAGUACAACAGAAGGUAUCCUGAAUAUGAGUCUCGUUUUUCGUUUUCUUGGUGGGAUUAGUUUUUGCGCUUUACAAAAGAUCUCACUCAUAUCAUUGAGCGUUGUCGACGAUGAUGCAAACUGCCGAGACUAUCGGUGUGGCAAAUUAUCGUUUACAGGGUUUAUCAUUGAAUUGCAACGUAUGUUUUUACACUGCAUAAAAGAAGCUCGUCAACAUAAUAUCAAGAUCGAGCCUUUGGCACUGAGAGACGUAUAUCUAGGAAGAGCAACCGCUGAAUAUAUGUCAGAAAUAUGUGAUAUCAAAUUCUGUGAACUAAGAUCACUUACCUGUGAUAUAGAUAUUCCAUUUGAUACGCAAGCAUACAUUACACAAGCGCAACAAUUAAGCAUGAUAGUGUGCACCAAUUCAAAGUAUUUGUCAGAUUGUAACAUAGAAUACAUCUUACGCCAUAAUGAACAUUCAUUAAAAUGCCUAAAUCUGUCGGGCAAAUGCCUAAACGAAUUUGAGAUUCAAGAAAAUAUGUUCAAACAGCUUUGCAGAUUAAAUCUAUCUAACACGAAAAUAUCAUGUUCACAGUUUACAUAUUUAAUAACAAAUCCAGUUAAAAUUGAUGAAGUUCAAUUGCAUGGCGUGAAAGCAUUGGUCAACAGGGAUGCUGAAGUUAAUGUAGUUUCAAAUGAACCAUGUUCUGUUCUUUCCAGUCUUAAACAUUUACAACUUAGAAACUGUGGUAAUGUGUUCAACCGGAUUCGUCAUUUACCUUGUCUCGAAAGUUUAACUUUCGAACACAGCAGCCCUCAAGUCUUGGUAGAAAUACUCGACAAACGCUCUUGUUUAAUGACAUUAAUAAUACAGGGCGUUAACUUUGGAUCUGACGAAAACCUACCAGUCAGCAUUUCUAAACUGAGAAAACUUAAACUUUUGCACUUACAAACCGUCAAAGUAAGUCAGAAAUGCUUAUCAAAAUUGUUAUAUGAGGUAGGCAGCCUUCCAUUGGCAGUUCUGGUAAAGUUAAAGGACAUCAAACAAGAGGAAGAGGCGUGUGCCGAAAAUAUUCUGCAACAUCUUAAGCGUACCAAACUGUUCUUCGUGAAGGAAUUUCGAACGAAAGAAAAUCGUUUGGAAAUUGCAGAAAUGACAUCACAUGGUGCAAAUUAAGCGAUAAAGCUGUAAAGGUACUCGUGUGUUUCUGCUUGUUAUGAAUAGUGGUAUUGGCAACAGGAUUAUCAUCAUCGGAUACUCACAAUUGACUUCUUAUGUUUCAUUUUGUCAACUUUACACAGUCAGCUGUGGAUUAGUCGAUCAGCUUCUAUCAUGCUACAUAAAAAGAGUACUGAGAAACAUGACUAUCACUAUUCAUUAAUACCUUAAUGUAAAAUUAGCAGUAAACAAGUCAAUUAUAUGCAGUUACUGUCUAUUUUUCCUAAAACUGUCACAAAUGCAUAAUUACAAACGAUAUGAUCAAGAUUUGUCCAAAAAUAGAUUAAUUUUAGUAUUAACCAUGUACCUGUAUGGGCCUGCUAGUAAUACUUUGCUGUAGCACAUAAAUAACAUCUCGACUGCAAUAUUGUUGAAUUCGCAAAACUUUUAACAAAGUAAAAAAUGCAUAAUGAUUUUUAUUAUAUGUUCUAAAAUAACCUAACUUUCCUUGGCCGAAACUGCUCGUCAUCUUUCAAAAUAUAUUUCACAUUUCAUGGUAAGUGGGUUGUUUAAAGAUAGACUUGAAGUUUCAUAAUGUUUUCUGUGAAAUUUGGAAUAUUUUACAAGUGUUAAUAAACCUGAACUCAUAUGAUAAAACAGUUAUUGACUCGUAAUUAUGCCAUUGAAUAUGAUGGGAUAUUCAUCGCCUCGGUCAAUAUUGUCCUCUUCUGUUGAAUAUCACAUCAUAUCAAAUGGCUCAAUAUUAAUGGCUAAAAGAGUCAAUAAUUGUAUAAUGAAACUCAAAAACAGCAAAGUUCACAAAAUAUAGAAAAGUGGAAACUUCACAGAUCGCUCAACACGACAAAAAAUGAAAAUGUUGCAGGCUCGGUUUAAUUGAGCCUGUUCAUGGACGGUAGUGGAAAUGCAUGCUACCGUCCACGCCCUCUAGCCCCGGGUUGAGCAGAACUCAACAUUUAGACAUGCUAAAAGUACAAAAAGCAAUUUAGAGACAUCCGCAGAUGUAUUCAAACAGCGAUGAACAUGGAACCUUCAAUGAUACACGUGUUGAGGCGUGUAAUUCCACGUAGAGCGGCGUUUGGUCCCCAGCUAAAAUAAAGGGUUUGCCCCAAACGAGAAAACAAUGGGCAGAACUAAAUAAACUGGAAUUUAGGAAGGGGAUCUGAGGUUAUGGAGCCUGCGUAUCACAGGAACUGUCAAAAGACAAGAUUAAAAAGCAGGCACCAUAUCCAAGAGUGAUUAAGUAAGACAUGAACCCGCCCGCUUAGCUCAGUAGGUAGAGCGUCGGUCUACGGAUCGCGGGGUCGCGAAUUCGAUCCUCGGGCGGGGCGUGUGUUCUCCGUGACUAUUUGAUAAACGACAUUGUGUCUGAAAUCAUUAGUCCUCCACCUCUGAUUUAUGUGGGGAAGUUGGUAGUUACUUGCGGAGAACAGGUCUGUACUGGUACGGAAUCCAGGAACACUGGUUAGGUUAACUGCCCGCCGUUACAUAACUGAAAUACUGUUGAAAAACGGCGUUAAACCCAGAACAAACAAACAAGUAAGACAUAGCGGUGCAGAAUCUUCAAUUAUCUAAAUAUUUGGAACGAGAGUUGUUUUUAAUUUAGCCCGGAACAAAAUGAACAGACCGUACUUGAAACUUAUAGAUAAUAAAGUAAUCAGAACAUGUUACAUUUGACAAAUCAGAAAGGAAACAAAGUGCCGAAAUUACACAUUAUCACCGAACUCGCCUUAACUUUUUACCCAAUGUAUGUGUUUUACAUGGCAGAUUGUAUGUGUCUGGCCACCAAGACAAAACUUUGUUAACCAUUUAAAUUAGAUACAGAAAGUCCUGAAGUCUUAUUGCAAAUCAAUGGCUACGCACUAGACAUAAAAUACACAUACGCUUAGUUCAAUAGAAAGAGCGCACAUCUGUGGAUCACAGGGCCGUGAAUUCGGUCCCAAUGCGAGCAUUUGUUCUCCAUGUCGAUAGGAUAGAAGGUACUGCACCUGGAGACACGUUUCCCAAACCUCUGAUAAACGUAGAGAUGUUGAUAACAAGUUAAUACUAGCACAGAAUCGAGGUACAGUUGUUCGGUUUCUUUUGCUAAAUAAAUAGUUGCUGAUGAAAACCGCUUUAAAAAAAUGAAAGAAAACACAUUCAUUGUCCAUUUAAAUCUAAAUCAUUAAGUAAAGCCUGCCAUGCAGGGUACCGAAUUUUGCACUGCAUUAGGCUAUGUCAGUGAUUUUUUCACUACAUUCAUGCGAAUGACAGACUUAAUAUUAAAAUAUUACGUAUAAGAGUGAAGAUUGAGAUUGUUUAAAUAUCUUCAUCAAAUCAAACAAUGAAAUAUGUGCGUUUCGAAGGUAGUUAUUCAGAUUUUGGCCAAGUAACAGAUUUGUCGGAAACUUUAGCUUGAUGAUUAUUUAUAGUUAACUUUUUUAUACAAGAAAGAUUUUCCCAAGUUGUGUUUUUUUACAUUUUGAUUUUCUUGUUUCGUGCCAAACAAGAUAUAGUUAUGUUUAAGCAUCUUUAUGUUAGAUUCAUUAAGUUUUUGUAUGUAUUAAAAUUAUGCUUAAAAUUUAUUGCUAUUAUUUUGUUUCC